UGAAGGGGUUAAUUGUAACCAUUAAAGCUUGAAUACCACUAUAAAUACAGAAUGAUGCAGCCAUGGAUUUUUCAAUUGUCUUAGUGCUUUCAAGAGACCUUUCUGUGAUCAAUUUAUGAAGUUUUGCCUUGAGAGAUUUGAAGUCGGACUGUGGUCGUCUGCUAUGGAGAGAAACAUGGAUCUGUUCUAGACAACAUCAUGGUUGGACUUCGACCAAAGUUGUUAUUUGUAUGGGAUCAAGGAAAAUGCAUUGAUAGUGGCUUUAAAUGCUUGGAGAAGAAGGAGAAGCCCAUAUUCUUGAAACAAAUGAAGAAAAUAUGGGAAAACAAGUAUCAUAUCCUUCCUUUUCGUGGUGGGAAAUUUUCAGAAUCCAACAUACUUAUGAUUGAUGAUGAGCCCCACGUAGCUCUACUUAACCCUCCUAAUACAGCGGUUUUCCCUCCUAUUUUCAAAGUUGGAAACGGCAGAGACACGUUUCUUGGUCCUAAGGGAGAUCUGCGCAAGUUUUUGGAUGGUCUAACAUCCCUUUGGACAACCUGCAACUACAGCUUCUCAUCCUAAUUGGGAUUACUAUGUUAAGAUAAUUCUCCGUUUUGGCAUUAAAAUGGAAGCUUCUGAAGUUUAGUCAUUGAGAUUUUACUUACUAUAGGCUAAAACUUAUAUAACUAUGUUUCACUUAGUGUUUCAAGUACCUAUUUUCACAAUGUCAAUGAUCUACUACUGUUUACUACAA